AUGUCCGCCCAGGCCACCCCGUCCAAGCAGGCUGCUUCUGCUAUUGCCGACUUCAGCAUGACUGACUCGCCCGCUAAGAAGCUGGACUUCUCCAGCGAGUGGAACGACGACACCGUCGCCCGCCCCAUCAAGGGCAUCCCCGACCUCCCCGACGAGCCCGCGGAUGAAGUCCAGCACCCCUCGACCGCACCCACGAUCAGGAAGGAGGAGGCCCACGAGCCUCUGCUCCAGGAGAACCCCCACCGCUUCGUGCUCUUCCCCAUCAAGUACCACGAGAUCUGGCAAAUGUACAAGAAGGCCGAGGCUUCUUUCUGGACUGCUGAGGAGAUUGACCUCUCCAAGGACCUUCACGACUGGAACAAGCGUCUCAACGACGAUGAGCGCUUCUUCAUCUCGCACGUCCUCGCUUUCUUCGCCGCGUCGGAUGGCAUCGUGAACGAGAACCUGGUCGAGCGCUUCAGCUCCGAGGUCCAGAUUCCCGAGGCCCGCUGCUUCUACGGCUUCCAGAUCAUGAUGGAGAACAUUCACUCCGAGACCUACUCGCUCCUGAUCGACACGUACAUCAGCGAGCCCAAGCAGCGCAACUACCUGUUCAACGCCAUCGACAACAUUCCCUGCAUCAAGAAGAAGGCCGACUGGGCUCUCCGCUGGAUCUGCGACAAGAACUCUACCUUCGCUUCGCGUCUGAUUGCCUUCGCCGCCGUCGAGGGCAUCUUCUUCAGCGGCUCUUUCGCAUCCAUCUUCUGGCUCAAGAAGCGUGGUCUCAUGCCCGGCCUUACCUUCUCGAACGAGCUCAUCUCCCGUGACGAGGGAAUGCACACCGACUUUGCCUGCCUGCUGUUCUCGCACAUCAAGUCGAAGCCCAGCCCUGAGGCCGUCGAGAAGAUCAUUACCGAGGCUGUGGAUAUCGAGAAGGAGUUCCUCACGGAUGCGCUGCCCGUCGCCCUGCUGGGCAUGAACGCCAACCUCAUGUGCCAGUACAUCGAGUUCGUCGCCGACCGCCUGCUGGUGGCUCUUGGCAACAAGAAGUACUACAACGCGACCAACCCCUUCGACUUCAUGGAGAACAUCUCGCUCAACGGCAAGACCAACUUCUUCGAGAAGCGCGUUGGUGACUACCAGAAGGCAGGUGUCAUGGAGAAGACCAAUAAGAAGGCCGAGACGCCUACCGGCGCACCGGUCACCGUCUCCGGCGAUUUCGCCUUCGACGAGGACUUCUAA